UGCAAUUCUAGAGGAAAUUCAAAAAUGUUAUAAGUUGUAUCUGUAUAAAAAAUUUACAUGUACAUAUUACAAAAAACCACGCAGCUGCCGAUAAGAGCAGUGGUUAAAUCCAACUCCAGAUAGAAUUAGGUGCUAUAAAGUAAAUUUGGUUCAUGUUUCCUUGAUCGUAACGCAUGGAUAUAUAUAUUUUUUUGAAUGUUUAAUUAAUUGAUAACACAACAAACAAAAAGUUGAGCAUCGAACUAAAUUAUACAGACGAGACUGUAUUAUCUGUCGUUUUUACUAGACCUAUCUUGGGUCAAGUAUUUCGAUGCGCUAAAUCCGUUUUUAGUUAAAAAAAAAACCACAAAUCAAAUUUCCAUUUUUUGUGCUAUUUUGUGUGUAGGUACUCAAAACCAGGACCGGAUGGGACCAAACAGACCUCGGAUUCAGAUUCAGCGAAUCAUAAUACAUAACCCAAAGUGGGUCCAGUUCGUUGUACAAAUUGUUUUUUUGAUUUUGUGUGUGAUUUUGUGAACUCGGUUUGUAAUUACAUUGCAUUGGAGCGGUGCAUCUGCUCCACAUGGGAAUUUAUUCCGCUUCAAGAGGGAAUCUAUUAAACUUUUUCAAGAGAAUUUAUCACUGUGGAAUGGAAUUUAUUUCACCUAUUUUUUUGUGGAAUUAUUACCCACCAAAACUUUGGAAAAAUUAUUGAUUUCUGAAUAUUUAAAGAACCAUUCAUAUAAAUCAAUACUUUAUAUAGGUAUACGCAAAUAGGAGGUUUAGUUUUACCAAAAUAUUUUAUUUUUAUAAAACGAAGUUGUAUUCUUUUUCAAAACAAACGAUUAUAGAGUUUUCCCUUCAACUGAAGUUGCUUGGGCGGGAUUCUUAGACCCGAUUGCUGAAUCGAAACUUAACCAUUUAAGUUCUACAUAAAUCCGUAUGUGACAGUUUACGCAGAGGAAAAUGUAGGGAAUAAGAGUUUGUGUUCAACAUAAAUUAUUUAAGUUUCGAUUCAGCAAAUGGCCAGUCAUUAUGUCGGAAAAAACGGCUUAGAAAUGCAAAAUGACCGAGAAAGCUAAAAUUUGGAUAUGUUGUAGGGGAUGCUUAAAAAAGCUUAACUUGAAGUUUUCGACCAAGAUUUCCUAUGAGCUUUUUCCGCAAUAACUUUUUUGACAAUAACUCGGCUAUCCUUCGAGAUACGAAAAUUUUACAAUGAGCUUUUACCAUGUUCUACAAUUCAUGCAUACACAUUUUUUGCGUAUCAUGAACCUUUUUCGAGAUAUCGAUCAAAAAAGUCAAAAAUUUAAUUUAUUGUUAAUAUUAUGAUAUAAUUGUUUAUAAUUAUACUUAUAUUUUAUUAACAACGACACGAGACACGACGCGACUAAACACUUCAACAAAAAAUAACAAAAUGACGCUUUUGCUCUUGUUGGCUAUGUCUGUCUACUUUUUUACUUGCGAUAUAGGUACUAUAUAUCAAGUUGUGCAUUCGUACAAAAAAAAAAAGUUGAGAUAACAUUUUUCCAUGACAUUACGAUGGUAGACAAUGCCAAAAAAGUGGGUCCCGGAAGUCCGUCUGUCUGUCUGUCUGUCUUUCAGUCUGUCAGUCUGUCAGUCUGUCAGUCUGUCAGUCUGUCAGUCUGUCAGUCUGUCAGUCUGUCUGUCUGUAUAACGAGCUACAGCCUAAACGGAUGGACCGAUUGAUGUCAAACCUGGUAUGCAGCGUUAUUUGGCGACUCUCCAGAGGGGUUUUUGGAAUUAAUUUUUUUGGACCAAAAAUAACGGUACUUGUCAUAUACCGAUUUUAGUAAAAUUGAAAUAUCUCGAAAACGGCUCUAACGAUUUUGUUUAAAAAAUUCAAGUGUUAGUUUAAAGUUAAUUUUUUUUUGAAAAUCAUUAUUAACGGUACCUGCCAUAUAACCGUUUUUUUCAAAUCCGAUUAUCUCCAAAACUGCUUAGUCGAUUUCAACGAAACUUUUUGUGAAGAAGCAUUUAUAUAAUUUAAAUGUAAGCCAAAAAUAAAAUUUUGAAAAAAAUAAUUUUUGGAUUUUUAAAAAAAUUUUGAAAAUUUUUUUUUGAAAAAUCAAAUUUUCGAAAACGGGACAUUUAAUUUUUUUGAAAUUUUGUUUUUAGAUGUUGAUUAGUAAUUUCUACAAAAUGGCAUACCAAUUUUAUUUUUAAACUUUUUUUUCCAAAAAAUUAUUUAUAAAAAAUUAGUUUUUUAAAAAACGGCUCUAACGAUUUUGAUAUUUUUUUUUCUAAAAAUGCAUGUUAAUAUAUCAAUCAAAACUGCGUACUUGUUUUGGAGGGCAAUUUAAUUUCAGAUUUUAUUUUAUUUUUUUUUAAAACGAAUUUUAUUUUUUUUUCCAAAUUUCUAUAUAAAAAGUCUUAAAAAUUUAAGCAACUUUAACUCUAAGAGCAAGUUCGUGCGACCCCAGUCGUGCAUUUUAUUUUCCUUUUCGACCAAUUCGCGCGAAUUUUUCAACCAAUUAUUACAAGAUCAGUUUUUUUUAGCUUUUGAUCAGUUUUCGUAUGAAGAGCAUGUAAGUAGUUAAUAUGUACCAGUUGGCUCGAUUCAAUGGCUCAACAUAGCUAUGUUUCAGAAACUUACAAUAGAAAUACAUUAUAUUUUCCCAGAUCGAAUUGGAAGGAGCUCUACUAUUUAUUUAUGCCAUGAAAAUGGUUUAUAAACUGAAGGUACUAUCUAUUUCCGCAAAACGUAGCUUUUUUCCAGAUUGCACAUACAAUACAAACAUAAAGUAAAAUCAUUCUCCAAAAUGACAAGAAAUAAAUCACCAAAAUUGAAGGUGGAGUUAUUUUUCAAUUCAAAGUGUAAUAGAUUCUCACUCGGGGCGGGAAUUUAUUCCACUUCAAAAAGUGGAACAGAUUCCCAUAUGAGGUGGAAUACAUUCCUAUGUGGAGCAGAUUCCCGUGGAAUUAUUUCCCUGCACCCAUUGGAGUAUGACGAAGUUAUACCUAUAUCAAAUUGUUCUGAUUUCAAUUAGAAAAUUUGAAAUUCAUCUCAAAACCGAAAAAAAGACUUUCCGACUUCUGUUUUUUUAAUGACUUUUUACUUGCUCAAUAGGGCAAGUAUUGGUUUCGUGUCAAAAAAAGAAUUCGAGGUUUUAAUCAAAACUAACAUUACGAUGAUAGAGAAGUCCAAAAAAGUGGGUUUCAUCAUGACGUCCGUCGGUCUGUGCGUCGGUGCGUCCAUCUGUACAAGCUGCUACAACGGGUGAACUGAUUUUCUUGAAAUUUGGUAUAGAUGUUUUUUUCGUAAUUUCCAAGGUUGGUUUUUUUUUUUGUUUUUUAAUAUCUCGCUUAGAACGUAUAGCUCCCAUACAAAAUUUUCGAGUUUUUUCAAUUUUCUGGAAAACGGCUCGAACGAUUUUGAUUAAUUUUUGCAUACGUAAUAUUCAAAGCAAUUGCAAUAAAACUGCAUUUUUAUUUUUUCUCAAAAAAGUCAAAUAUAACAAAAAAAACGUUUUAUUUAACAAAAAUUUAGUUUCCAUGUCGGCUCUUCCUCUUCAUAAACCAAAUUUAUUAAAAUUUUUUAUAGAGGCAGCUCUUAUAAUCUACAAGUAGACUAACAUAAAAGUACUUUGAAAUGCAAGAGCAAGUAAACGACCCCAGUCGUGCUUUUAUUUUACCUUAAAGUGGGAAAAUCUUAUAUCUUUUUAAAUCAAACGCACCCUUUAUUAAAGAGUGUGUUUCUUUAUUUUUUCUGGAUAAGGAAUAAAACAGACCGGCGAGACAAAAUAGUUUAUCCAGAAUAUCAAGAACUCAAAAAUGAAGAAACAAAAAUACCUUAAAAAGAAUGUCAAUCAGCUAUUCAACCAGAUUUUUUAGUUAAAAUACAAACACAUAUAAAAUCAUCUUUUAUAAUUUCUUAUAUUUCUAUCUUCAUGAAUAAGAUGCAGAAAUACAACAAUUAGAAAUACAACAUUUGAAUUUUGUUUUUGUUGAAAAACUGAGAGUUUCUCACUACUACUACGCACAUGUGUGGAAUAAAAAGAACCCCCCAGCAAACAUUUCCCUUCAGAACUUAAUCGUAAUUGGUUCACAUAAGUGAACAAAACCUUAUCAAUUCAAUUUUGAACCUUUUUGAGUCCUUUCUCCUAGGUAGCGUGGCAACACAUUCGAAUCAUUUUUAUGGUUCAUAAAUGAUCGGGGAUUUCUCCACUUAAGCGAACGUAAAUAUGACAUUCACUAAAUGUUUUCAAAUUUUAGCCCUGUAAUGUGUAAAACUUUUCCUAUAAAAAAAAAAUCGGUUCACUCGGUUCGGAUGAUAUGUGGAGCACAAAUAUUUUGGCUAUUUAGGAAAUUCAAUUAGUAGGAUUUUUUUUUUGUAAAUUUAUGUGUGUCCUAGUGACAGAUCAAACAAAAUAUUUUUUACUAUUUUGAAAUGAUUUCAUAUUUUAAAUUUCUUUAUAUUUAUCCAAUAAAGCUAUAACUGCAUCGAAACACAAAGUCUAACAAAGUAUAAAAAGUAAAUUAAAGUCCAAAAUAACAAAAACAAUUUCAUUGAUGUGACAUUUAAAAAUUUAAAUUAUUUGAAAAAUUAGAAACAUUUUUGUACUUUUUUCACUUUGUGUUUCUAUGUAGUUCAGGCUUAAAGGCUCUGGUUUAUUUAAUUUUGUUUUGUUCCAAAUUAUAGUUUGGUUUGACGUUUUGCAAUUGUAUAUUAUAGUGUGUGAAAAUGUAUGUGAAUCCGUCUCAAAAAGAGUUUCAGAUCGAGUCUUCCGGAAUCUUCCGGAAAAAUAGCAAAUUUUUUUCAAUGCAGAUUGAUUCGACUGCAGAUUGAUUGACAGAUUGGAAUUCGAUAAGGUUCUUAACACAUUUUUGUAAGUUUUCAGUGGUAUUUUAGUUAGAAAAAUGAGUUUACUUUUAAACUUUCACUUUAGAACUUGUGUAAGUAAGAUUGUAAAAUGCUCAUUUCUGUAGUGCACCACAAAAAGUAGCACAAUUAGUUUUCAACUCCUUCAAACUUUUUUCCAUAAAUAUUUCAAAAUGGCCUUCGAAAAAUUCGGCACUUCAAAAAUUGGGCUUUUAGAAAAUACGAAUUUUCUGAAUUUUCAAUUUAUUUGAAACUACGUUACGUCACACAUUUUUCAAAUUUCAUUCAUUUCUUCUAAUUUCUUUUAUUUCCUUUUUCUAUCAAAUGUGUAAAAUGUAUAAUAGAAGGCUUAACCCAAAAUCUUUUUUCUUGAUAAUCAUCUACGCCUCGUGGCUACAAUCGAAAUUUGUAUUCUUAGUAAGUUUAAAUUUUAUUAAGUUGGAUUAUUUUGAAAUGAAAGUUCGAAUCUUUUUAUUUAUGUCGUUUUCGAUUGGCAGUCGAGAAGCGUUCGGAAGCAUUCAGGAGACUUCUAAAAGUGUUUUAUUCACAAAAACAUGACAGCUAGAACGCUUCUCAGAAAAAAAUUCUCUUCUCGAUUUCAAAUCAGAAUCAACUCAAAAUCACAAAUACAUAGAAAUUUAAUGUCAAACAAAAUUUUCUCGUUCAAAAUUACAAAAUAUUUUUUACUUUUUACUUGGGCUCCGUGAAGCCAGAACUGCGACCUCAAAAUUUUUGAACCAAAUUUGUCUAAUUCGUUUGUCCACCGUUUGUCCAUGUUUGUCCACCCAAAAUUUUCGUUUGUCCACCCUUCAAAAAAAUUUUAGAGCAAAUUCUUUUUUUUUAUAGGAAGUCUGAAAAAUGAAAAAUCGUCUAAAACGGUCAAAUUUUGAGAUAGGCGUAUAAAACCAACUGCAAUCGUUUGUCCACCUCGAGUUCUAUAUACAUACCAAAUAUUAUCGUUUUUAGGAGCAAUUUAAAAAACAAAUUUUGCACUGAAAAAUUAAAACUCCCCUAAAAUCCCCAAAAAUCAAUUUUCAUCAAAAAUUCAAACUGCUGUCGUUUGUCCACCUCGAGUUCUUUACGUAUACCAAAAAUCAUCGUUUGUCCACCCUCUGUUUAAGAGAUAUUCCAAAAAGAAUUUUUUUAUAGCAACUUAAAAAAAAGUACGCAUACACCACAGUGUACCUCUACUGAAAAUUAAAAAGUCCUCAAAAAUUAUUAUUUUUCAAAAAUUCAAACGGCAAUCGUUUGUCCACCUCGAGAAAUGUAUAUAAACAAAAAAUCAUCGUUUGUCCACCCUACGUUUAGGAGAUAUUCAAAAAACAAAAUUUGUACUGAAAAAUUCGAAGUCCCAAAAAAUCUCCAAAAAUUGACUUUUUUCAAAAUUUCACAUUUCUGUCGUUUGUCCACCUCGAGUUCUAUACGUAUGCCAAGAAUCGUCGUUUGUCCACCCUACGUUUAAAAGAUAUUCAAAAAACAAAUUUUGUACUGAAAAUUUCAAAGUCCCAUAAAAUCUCCAAAAUUUGACUUUUUUCAAAAUUUCAAAUUUCUGUCGUUUGUCCACCUCGAGUUCUAUACGUAUGCCAAAAAUCGUCGUUUGUCCACCCUACGUUUAAAAGAUAUUCAAAAAACAAAAUUUGUACUGAAAAUUUCAAAGUCCCAAAAAAUCUCCAAAAAUUGACUUUUUUCAAAAUUUCAAAUUUCUGUCGUUUGUCCACCUCGAGUUCUACACGUAUGCCAAAAAUCGUCGUUUGUCCACCUUACGUUUAGAAGAUAUUCAAAAAACAAAUUUUGUACUGAGAAAUCGAAAAAAAAAUAUUACGCAUACACCAGAGUGAAAAUUUCAAAAUCCUCAAAAAUUACUUUUUUUCAAAAAUUCAAACGGCAAUCGUUUGUCCACCUCGAGAAAUGGAUACAAACAAAAAAUCAUCGUUUGUCCACCCUACGUUUAGGAGAUAUUCAAAAAACAAAAUUUGUACUGAAAAAUUCAAAGUCCCAAAAAAUCUCCAAAAAUUGACUUUUUUCAAAAUUUCAAAUUUCUGUCGUUUGUCCACCUCGAGUUCUAUACGUAUACCAAAAAUCGUCGUUUGUCCACCCUACGUUUAAAAGAUAUUCAAAAAACAAAAUUUGUACUGAAAAUUUCAAAGUCCCAAAAAAUCUCCAAAAAUUGACUUUUUUCAAAAUUUCAAAUUUCUGUCGUUUGUCCACCUCGAGUUCUAUGCGUAUACCAAAAAUCGUCGUUUGUCCACCCUACGUUUAAAAGAUAUUCAAAAAACAAAAUUUGUACUGAAAAUUUCAAAGUCCCAAAAAAUCUCCAAAAAUUGACUUUUUUCAAAAUUUCAAAUUUUUGUCGUUUGUCCACCUCGAGUUCUAUACGUAUACCAAAAAUCGUCGUUUGUCCACCCUACGUUUAAAAGAUAUUCAAAAAACAAAAUUUGUACUGAAAAUUUCAAAGUCCCAAAAAAUCUCCAAAAAUUGACUUUUUUCAAAAUUUCAAAUUUCUGUCGUUUGUCCACCUCGAGUUCUACACGUAUGCCAAAAAUCGUCGUUUGUCCACCCUACGUUUAAAAGAUAUUCAAAAAACAAAAUUUGUACUGAAAAUUUCAAAGUCCCAAAAAAUCUCCAAAAAUUGACUUUUGUCAAAAUUUCAAAUUUCUGUCGUUUGUCCACCUCGAGUUUGUUCACUCUACGUUUAAAAGAUAUUCAAAAAACAAAUUUUGUACUGAAAAUUUCAAAGUCCCAUAAAAUCUCCAAAAUUUGACUUUUUUCAAAAUUUCAAAAUUCUGUCGUUUGUCCACCUCCAGUUCUACACGUGUACUAAAAAUCGUCGUUUGUCCACCCUACGUUUAGGAGAUACUCCAAAAAGAAUUUUUCUAUAGCAACUCUCAAGAAAAUACGCAUACAUUCCUUAGUAAAAAUAACAAAAACCCCAAAAAUUUUUUUUACAAUAAUUUAAGCACUAAUUCUUAUUCAAAUAACUUAGCACUUUAAUUUACCAUACUAACUUAAACUAUUUAUAUGAACUAAAUACAGUAGCCCAAAAAAUUUUAGGAACAAACAAAAUUCGUGAUUCUUUUUUUAGUGAUUUUUGAUAAGCUGUUUCUCAAUGAAAAAUAAUCGUAUCAUGACAAAACAAAAAGCAUGUGAAAGCUUCAUUUUUCUGGUUUUACAAUUUUAGACGUAAAGAUUUUAUUUAAAAUCGUGAAAUAGAAAUAGAACUGUCUUAUUUUCUCUUAAGUCAUUUAUUAUUUUUUGAAAGGCUAUUCAUUUAGAUUAUUUGUUUUUAAAGACUUCAUUUUCAGUCUUCAAAGAAAUAUUCAUACUCUUGAAUUAAACUAUUCAUACCUCAACAACGGAUCACUUUAUAAAAAAGGAAAGGAUACAUUUGAAAUACCUAAUCAUUUAAUUUUCAAAAAAAAAGUAAGUUAAUAAAAAAAAAUUUUCUUACUGCAAAAUUAAAAAUUGUCAAACAAAUUUUUGGCUUUUCAUACCAUUUUUGGAUACUUUUUUUCAUAUAAUUAGAUAAAGUGAACCUAGUACCGAGAGAGUGCUUAGUUAUUUGAAUAAGAAUAAGCGGUAACAUUUUUGAAACAAAAAUUUUAGUAAAUUUUAUGGGACCUUGAAUUUUUUGUUUUUUUUAAAUAUUUUCUGAAAGUAAGGUGGACAAACGACAGAAAUUUGAAAUUUUGAAAAAAGUCAAAUUUUGGAGAUUUUAUGGGACUUUGAAAUUUUCAGUACAAAAUUUGUUUUUUGAAUAUCUUUUAAACGUAGGGUGGACAAACGACGAUUUUUGGCAUACGUAUAGAACUCGAGGUGGACAAACGACAAAAAUUUGAAAUUUUGAAAAAAGUCAAUUUUUGGAGAUUUUUUGGGACUUUGAAAUUUUCAGUACAAAAUUUGUUUUUUGAAUAUCUUUUAAACGUAGGGUGGACAAACGACGAUUUUUGGCAUACGUGUAGAACUCGAGGUGGACAAACGACAGAAAUUUGAAAUUUUGAAAAAAGUCAAUUUUUGGAGAUUUUUUGGGACUUUGAAAUUUUCAGUACAAAUUUUGUUUUUUGAAUAUCUUUUAAACGUAGAGUGGACAAACGACGAUUUUUGGUAUACGUAUAGAACUCGAGGUGGACAAACGACAGAAAUUUGAAAUUUUGAAAAAAGUCAAUUUUUGGAGAUUUUUUGGGACUUUGAAUUUUUCAGUACAAAUUUUGUUUUUUGAAUAUCUCCUAAACGUAGGGUGGACAAACGAUGAUUUUUUGUUUGUAUCCAUUUCUCGAGGUGGACAAACGAUUGCCGUUUGAAUUUUUGAAAAAAAGUAAUUUUUGAGGAUUUUGAAAUUUUCACUCUGGUGUAUGCGUAAUAUUUUUUUUUCGAUUUCUCAGUACAAAAUUUGUUUUUUGAAUAUCUUCUAAACGUAGGGUGGACAAACGACGAUUUUUGGCAUACGUAUAGAACUCGAGGUGGACAAACGACAGAAAUUUGAAAUUUUGAAAAAAGUCAAUUUUUGGAGAUUUUUUGGGACUUUGAAAUUUUCAGUACAAAUUUUGUUUUUUGAAUAUCUUUUAAACGUAGGGUGGACAAACGACGAUUUUUGGUAUACGUAUAGAACUCGAGGUGGACAAACGACAGAAAUUUGAAAUUUUGAAAAAAGUAAAAUUUUGGAGAUUUUAUGGGACUUUGAAAUUUUCAGUACAAAAUUUGUUUUUUGAAUAUCUUUUAAACGUAGGGUGGACAAACGACGAUUUUUGGCAUACGUAUAGAACUCGAGGUGGACAAACGACAGAAAUUUGAAAUUUUGAAAAAAGUCAAUUUUUGGAGAUUUUUUGGGACUUUGAAAUUUUCAGUACAAAUUUUGUUUUUUGAAUAUCUUUUAAACGUAGGGUGGACAAACGACGAUUUUUGGCAUACGUAUAGAACUUGAGGUGGACAAACGACAGAAAUUUGAAAUUUUGAAAAAAGUCAAAUUUUGGAGAUUUUAUGGGACUUUGAAAUUUUCAGUACAAAAUUUGUUUUUUGAAUAUCUUUUAAACGUAGGGUGGACAAACGACGAUUUUUGGCAUACGUAUAGAACUCGAGGUGGACAAACGACAGAAAUUUGAAAUUUUGAAAAAAGUCAAUUUUUGGAGAUUUUUUGGGACUUCGAAUUUUUCAGUACAAAUUUUGUUUUUUGAAUAUCUCCUAAACGUAGGGUGGACAAACGAUGAUUUUUUGUUUGUAUACAUUUCUCGAGGUGGACAAACGAUUGCCGUUUGAAUUUUUGAAAAAUAAUAAUUUUUGAGGACUUUUUAAUUUUCAGUAGAGGUACACUGUGGUGUAUGCGUACUUUUUUUUAAGUUGCUAUAAAAAAAUUCUUUUUGGAAUAUCUCCUAAACAGAGGGUGGACAAACGAUGAUUUUUGGUAUACGUAAAGAACUCGAGGUGGACAAACGACAGCAGUUUGAAUUUUUGAUGAAAAUUGAUUUUUGGGGAUUUUAGGGGAGUUUUAAUUUUUCAGUGCAAAAUUUGUUUUUUAAAUUGCUCCUAAACAGGGGGUGGAAAAACGAUAAUAUUUGGUAUGUAUAUAGAACUCGAGGUGGACAAACGAUUGCAGUUGGUUUUAUACGCCUAUCUCAAAAUUUGACCGUUUUAGACGAUUUUUCAUUUUUCAGACUUCCUAUAAAAAAAAAGAAUUUGCUCUAAAAUUUUUUUGAAGGGUGGACAAACGAAAAUUUUGGGUGGACAAACAUGGACAAACGGUGGACAAACGAAAUAGACAAAUUUGGUUCAAAAAUUUUAAGGUCGCAGUUCUGGCUUCACGGAGCCUUUUACUUGCUCUAUAGGGCAAGUAUUGGUUUCGUGUAGAAAAAAAAAAUCGAGGUUUUAAUCAAAACCAACAUUACGAUAAUGGAGAAGAUCAAAAAAGUGGUUUUCGUCAUGCCGUCCGUCGGUCUGUGCGUGUGUGCGUCUGUGCGUCUGUGCGUCUGUGCGUCUGUGCGUCCAUCUGUACAUCGAGCUAGGGCCUAAACGGGUGGAUGGAUUUGCUUGAAACUUGGUACAGAUGAUUUUUACGUAAUUCCCUAGGUCCGUUUUUUUUAUUUUUUUAAUAUCUCCAAUUUAACGCAUAUCUCCCAUAUAACGUUUUCGAGGUAUUUCAAAUUUCUCGAAAACGGCUCUAACGAUUUCGUUUAAAUUUGGUGUGGGCAGUACUCUUAUUGAUUCCAACAAAACUGCGUUUUUAGUUUUUCUCAAAAAAUGCCAAGAGCGGAAAUAUGGCGUUGCCGUUUUUCAAAAAUUGACAUGUUUUUUAAGUUCAUAUAUUUCAUCAAAGCAUAAGUCAAUUUUUUCAAAAUUUACAGACAUCAUAGGUAUUGAAGUGUAAAAUGUAAAAAAAAAUUUAAAAAAAAAAUUAAAAUAAAAGUUUUUCAAAAAAAUUUUUAAAAAAUUGAAUUUUUUUAACUUUCGAUUUUUUUUUUGUUUUUAUUUUUUUUUCUUCACAAAAUCUUAAAUUUCCAAUAGAUAUUUAAGAUAAAGAUGCUUUGAACUACAAGAGCAAGUACGUGCGACCCAGUCGUGCAUUUUAUUUAAAAUGAUUUCAUGUUUUAAAUUUUUGUAUCCAAUAAAGCGAGAACUGCAUCGAAACACAAAGUUAGACAAAGUAUAAAAAGUAAAUUAAAGUACAAAAUAACAAAAACAAUUUUAUUGAUGUGACAUUUAAAAAUUUAAAUUAUUUGAAAAAUUUGAAAACCGCAGAAAGGAGCACAAUUAGUUUUCAACUCCUUCAAACUUUUUUCCAUAAAUAUUUCAAAAUGGCCUUCGAAAAAUUCGGCACUUCAAAAAUUGGGCUUUUAGAAAAUACGAUUUUUCAAUUUAUCUGACAUUAGGUUACGUCACACAUGUAAAAUAUAUAAAUAGAAGGCUUAACCCCAAACCUUUUUUCAUGAUAGUCAUCUACGCCUCGUGGCUACAAUCGAAAUUUGUAUACUUAGUAAGUUUAAAUUUUAUUAAGUUGGAUUAUUUUGAAAUGAAAGUUCGAAUCUUUUUAUUUAAUUAAACGACUCCAUAUGGGAAGUGGGCCUCGGUGAAAUUGUCUGAAAUUUUAGUAUGUUGUUUUCUUGAAGCCCGUUAUCUUGAAAACCCAAAGUGAUGGGGCAAAAUAGACAUCGGAUUCGGUUUCAGCGACCCUAAAAACUUAUGAAUUCAAAACACAAUAUAGAGAGUUACUAUCAUAAUAAAAGGUUUGGAAAGUCAUCGGAAAAAACCGUUAUCUUAAAAACUGUCCACUUUUCGACUUUCUGCCCAUAUUUUGAUCAGGAGCUUCAAGAGAACAACAUACUAAAAUUUCAUACAAUUUCACCGCGGGCCACUUCCCAUACAAAAUGUGCGGGGUCCUUUAAUGUGUUCCUAUGUUAAAUUUUAAAAAAAGCUGAUAAAUUGGGCAAAAUUGGUUUUGGUGUUUUUUUUUUUUUUUUGAUAUGAUAACGUCCAAUAAAUCGAUGAAACCCGGCUACAUGCACGACAAAUAUGACACAUUCUCCCGUUUCAUUACCCGUUACCAGUGUGCUUAAGAUAAUAAUUUCAUCUUAAAAGCCAAGUAACAUGAAGUCAAGUCCAACUUAAGACAGUUGAAUGAUUUUAAACCCCAAAUGUUGAAUUUGCUUAUAUCAGCGUCAUCAGCGUCACCUUCCGGGUCCAUUUAUAAAAAAAAAUUGUCUCGAAUGAAUCUUAUCACACACACAAAAAUUCACAAAAAUCCAUACAGUGUUUCAAACUCCAAAUAUGGAAUUUCACUAUAACUUGACAACAGCGAUACUUACCGGGUCCAUAUCACACACAUAAAAUUUUACAAAGACCUGUCAAGUCGUUCGUUUAAAAUAUGCAAUUUUCUUAAGAUUUGACAACAGCGCAGCCUGCGGGGCCCAAUUAUGAAACAAAACAUGUAACCAAUGAACCUUAUCACACACACAAAAUUUCACAAGUCGAUCGUUCAAAAUAUGCAAUUUUCCUUAGAAUGAAAUUGAUUGCUUUAACCGCUUAGAAGAUAUUCGUAUCCAAAUCGCAAUGCAUACGGGUCAUAAGAAAACUAUUGAAAUCAGUGAGCAUUGGUUUGGAUACGAAUAUCUUCUAAACGGUUAAAGCAAUCAAUUUCAUUCCAAGGAAUUUUUUGUAGAACGUUUAAGCCCCUACAAGAAUAUAUCUUGCUUAUUUGAAAAUAAUGAAGUUUCAGUGAAUUAGAAUUUUUUUAAAAAUAUAAAAUGUUUUUAUAUUUUUUUUUAACUUUGACCUCGAAUAUCUUUAGAAUGGUUAGAUUAAUGAAAAAAAUUAACAAGACCUUUUUUGUGGAGCAAUCAAUUUCCAACAAGAAUAUGUCUUGCGCGUUUGAUCAUUAUAAUUUUUCAAUUUGUUACAAAAUUAAGAACAAAAAACGAUUUUUUAAAGAUUUUCUCGAUUUUUGGACCUCAAAUAUCUAUUCAACGGUUAGAUAAACGAAAAAAGUGUAUAAGGCUUUUUUUGUAGAGCGUUCAAUUUCCUACAAGAAUAUGAAAAGAAAUUUGCUAAAAAGUCAAUUAAUAAAAAAAUAAUUUUUUUUUAGUAGAAGCUUGAUGUAAAAAUGGAAAAUUGCAAAGCGGAGGACCUUCCCAUUAAUAUAAAGAGCUCAUAUUUGGUGUGUAUAUUCUAGAGGGGUCUAGCAAUCGAUUUUUCGGAGUACCAAUUCAAAAAAAAGAAUUUCGAUUUUUUUGACCCACCCUAAUAUAUAUACAUAUAGAUAAAACGUUUAAUUUUUUCUCUACGGGAAAAGUGGCGUCACAUUCUUUCUCUUUCUCUUUUUUUUGCAUCGCGUUCUCGUUUGUUGAGAUUUUCUCCAGUCACACUAGGUUAUUUAACUGGACAAAAAAAAAAAACGCAAAACGUUUUCAAAAAGUCAUUUCAUUUUUUUUCAAGGUUCUUUUGAGAACCAAACUCAAAGUUUCUUUGUGCUGCUCGUGCUCCCAACAACGGUAAAAAUUUUUGGUGAUGGCAUUUAUAGCGUGAUUUUUAAUAUACAGUUUUUCUUUUAUUUGAACUGUUAUUCAUUUUAAUUUACAGUUUUUUAUAUGAACUGUUAUUCAUUUUCGGAACAGUUUUUUUUUCUUUCACAUUAGAUUCUUGUGCUGGUCCCUAAGUCUUUUGGGAUUUUUUUUUUCUCUCAACGCUUUUUUUUAUAAAAAAUCAACCACAGUUUCCAUAUUCACAGGAAUUAUUCAAGGUUCAUAAAUUAUUUCACAUAAUUCUACGAAUUUACGAUCAUUUUCGAAAAUAAAUAAAGAAACUUUAAAACAACAAAUUUGCGAUAAACUAUCUUGGGGAAUUUAAACAUAUUUCAUCUCUUUUUGAAAAGUUUUUUUUUAAUCUUGAACUUGUGCAUUUCUUUUAACUUUUCAAAUAUUUUUUUUCUCGAACAACGCCGAUAAUUAUCAACGUUUUCACCCAGUCGCUCUCGCUUUUCAAGGUUCUUUUGAGAACCCUUGCUUUUCUCAAUUAGACUUUGAAAAAUUCUUUUGUUUGAAUUGAUUUUUGAAAGUUUUUUCAAAUUAAUUCUGAAAACGCAAAAACUUAUUAACGUUUUCACCCAGUCACUCUCGCUUUUCAAGGUUCUUUUGAGAACCCCUGCUUUUCUCAAUUAGACUUUGAAAAAUUCUUUUGUUUGAAUUGAUUUUUGAAAGUUUUUUCAAAUUAAUUCUGAAAACGCAAAAACUUAUUCACGUUUUCACCCAGUCGCUCUCCCUUUUCAAGGUUCUUUUGAGAACCCUUGCUUUUUUCAGUUAUACUUUGAAAAAUUCUUUUGUUUGAAUUGUUUUUGAAAGUUUUUUCAAAUUAAUUCUGAAAACGCAAAAACUUAUUAACGUUUUCACCCAGUCGCUCUCGCUUUUCAAGGUUCUUUUGAGAACCCUUGCUUUUCUCAAUUAGACUUUGAAAAAUUCUUUUGUUUGAAUUGAUUUUUGAAAGUUUUUUCAAAUUAAUUCUGAAAACGCAAAAACUUAUUAACGUUUUCACCCAGUCGCUCUCGCUUUUCAAGGUUCUUUUGAGAACCCUUGCUUUUUUCAGUUAUACUUUGAAAAAUUCUUUUGUUUGAAUUGUUUUUGAAAGUUUUUUCAAAUUAAUUCUGAAAACGCAAAAACUUAUUCACGUUUUCACCCAGUUACUCUUGAUUUUCAAGGUUCUUUUGAGAACCCUUGUGUUUUCUCAAUAAGAUUUUGAAAAAUUCUUUUGUUUGAAUUUUUUUUGAAAGUUUUUUCAAAUUAAUUCUGAAAACGCAAAAACUUAUUCACGUUUUCACCCAGUCGCUCUCCCUUUUCAAGGUUCUUUUGAGAACCCUUGCUUUUUUCAGUUAUACUUUGAAAAAUUCUUUUGUUUGAAUUGUUUUUGAAAGUUUUUUCAAAUUAAUUCUGAAAACGCAAAAACUUAUUAACGUUUUCACCCAGUCGCUCUCGCUUUUCAAGGUUCUUUUGAGAACCCUUGCUUUUCUCAAUUAGACUUUGAAAAAUUCUUUUGUUUGAAUUGAUUUUUGAAAGUUUUUUCAAAUUAUUUCUGAAAACGCAAAAAACUUAUUCACGUUUUCACCCAGUCUCUCUUGAUUUUCAAGGUUCUUUUGAGAACCCUUGUGUUUUCUCAAUAAGAUUUUGAAAAAUUCUUUUGUUUGAAUUUUUUUUUGAAAGUUUUUUCAAAUUAAUUCUGAAAACGCAAAAACUUAUUAACGUUUUCACCCAGUCGCUCUCCCUUUUCAAGGUUCUUUUGAGAACCCUUGCUUUUUUCAGUUAUACUUUGAAAAAUUCUUUUGUUUGAAUUGUUUUUGAAAGUUUUUUCAAAUUAAUUCUGAAAACGCAAAAACUUAUUCACGUUUUCACCCAGUUACUCUUGAUUUUCAAGGUUCUUUUGAGAACCCUUGUGUUUUCUCAAUAAGAUUUUGAAAAAUUCUUUUGUUUGAAUUUUUUUUUGAAAGUUUUUUCAAAUUAAUUCUGAAAACGCAAAAACUUAUUCACGUUUUCACCCAGUCGCUCUCCCUUUUCAAGGUUCUUUUGAGAACCCUUGCUUUUUUCAGUUAUACUUUGAAAAAUUCUUUUGUUUGAAUUGUUUUUGAAAGUUUUUUCAAAUUAAUUCUGAAAACGCACAAACUUAUUAACGUUUUCACCCAGUCGCUCUCGCUUUUCAAGGUUCUUUUAAGAACCCUUGCUUUUCUCAGUUAGACUUUGAAAAAUUCUUUUGUUUGAAUUGAUUUUUGAAAGUUUUUUCAAAUUAAUUCUGAAAACGCAAAAAACUUAUUCACGUUUUCACCCAGUCACUCUUGAUUUUCAAGGUUCUUUUGAGAACCCUUGUGUUUUCUCAAUAAGAUUUUGAAAAAUUCAUUUGUUUGAAUUUUUUUUUGAAAGUUUUUUCAAAUUAAUUCUCAAAACGCAAAAACUUAUUAACGUUUUCACCCAGUCGCUCUCCCUUUUCAAGGUUCUUUUGAGAACCCCUGGUUUUCUCAAUAAGAUUUUGAAAAAUUCUUUUGUUUGAAUUUUUUGAUUAUGUCACAUUUAGACGAUUUUAUUUUUGCGGCAGAUUUGCUUGUCAAAUUUCAUGCUUCGGCAAAAGAAGUGCCUGAAACCAGCCAUUCAAUUACGACAUUAGAAGCUCGAAAAUCAGAACUCAAAGAUUUAUGGAAUAGUGUCAAAGAGAAAUAUGCUCAAUGUGCUCGUUAUAUCCCUACUCUAGAGGAAGAACCUCUCGAUAUGGAUGCAAUAGAAUCAAAGUACAGAAACAGCAAUGAAACUUAUGUGAAUUGCUUAGGAUUGUUUCUUGAGUUCCAAAACAAACUAAAACCUGACCCUGUUGUUGUUAAGGAGUUUAGCACUGUCAAUAUGCCACAGAAAUCCGGGUCCUCUCAUUGUAUCAAAUUACCACCAUGUGAUACCGAUGUGUUUCGUGGUGAUUAUAUCUCCUGGCCUGCAUUUCGCGACAUGUUUGAUGCGGUUUAUAUUCAACACCCUAAGUUAGGUGAAGUGGAAAAACUAUUCCAUCUUCGUUGUAAGACAAGAGACGAUGCAUUUAGGACUGUCAGUCAGUUUCCUUUAACAAAUGCUAGUUUUGCACUUGCCUGGGCAGCUUUGCGUGCCACAUAUGAGAACACUCGUAUUCUUGUGAACAACCAGGUCAAAAACAUUUUUAACUUGCCUACAGUUCACGAAGAGAGCGCAAAAUCUAUCCGCAACCUCCAAAGUAAAAUCAAUGACUCUCUAGCAGCACUUAAAGCUCACCUUGUCGAUACCAAAAAUUGGGACCCAAUCCUUGUGUUCGCCUGUUGCAAUAGGCUACCUAAAACAACACUUUCUCUUUGGGAACAAUCUUUAGAAGAUCCAACAAAAGUACCAACUUGGGAAAAGUUAGACAAGUUCUUAAAUUCACGAUUCCAGACGUUAGAAUCUAUUUCAGACACCACUUCUUCAAAACCAUUAUCACAAAAUUUCCAAGUCACCAAGAAAAACAAUUUUCAAAAGCCUAGCAAAGUCAAUACUUUUCUUGCGAAGGCGGGAGGAACUAAGUGUAAAAUUUGCUCGGCAGAACAUACAAUUUAUGAGUGUCCUAAAUUUUCGGCAUUACCAAUCCAAUCCCGAAUCGAAAUAGUUCGAGAAAAGAAGAUGUGCAAUAAUUGCUUAGGCACUAGUCAUCAAAAAGCUACUUGCUCUAGCAAAUAUUCUUGCAGUUUUUGCAAAAAAAGGCACCAUACACUUUUGCAUCUUGCACCCAAUACCACUCCAACUCAAAAUCAAAAUUCAAAUAUACAGUCCACUUCUCAAUCACAACCUAUUCAAAAUCCUCAAAUCUCUGCUUCUUCGCAACCAUUUAUUCCUCAAGCUGCAUAUCAAAAUUUCAUGGUGACCUCUCGAAAAAGAAUUCUUUUGGCAACUGCCUUAGUGAAUAUAGUAGGACUGGAUACUGUGUGUACCGUGAGGGCACUAAUUGAUCCAGGUUCCGAAGUAUCUUUCAUUUCGGCAGCUGUGCAAAAACGUCUGAAUUUGCCAUAUAUCGACAAAAUUUCUACAAUUUCUGGAAUCAGUGGAAAUCUCUCUAUCACUUCUAAGAAACUUUGUUCCUUUUUAAUCACUUCUGCUAACCCCCCUCCAGUCACUGUUUCAGCAAACGCCAUUGUGCUUAAAACACUAACUAACAACCUCCCAAGUUCAUCUUUCUCGGUAGUAGAUCCUACAAUUUUUGAAGGCCUUCAAUUGGCCGAUCCAACGUUUAAUAAGUCCUCUCAGGUGGAUCUUCUGAUUGGUGCCGAUCUUUACCCAUCCAUCAUCCGUAAUGGCAUUAAACACAUUUCUAACUCACUACUUGCCCAAAAUACUAUGUUCGGUUGGAUAUUGUCAGGGCCAAUUCCAGAGUCGUUUCAAUCAUUCAACAUAACAGUAAAGAAGUCAUGCCAAUGUAACAAUGAAGUACGCAGAUUCUGGGAAUUAGAAGAACUACCUUUUACAAUUAUUCGUUCUAAAGAAGACUGUUUCUGUGAAGAACGGUAUAAAAGCACCACCUUCAGACGCGCUGAUGGUAGGUUUGUUGUCCGACUUCCUUUUAAGCCACAAACUUCAAAGACCGGCUUAGGCCACUCUAGGUUUAUCGCUCUUAAACAGUUUUCUAGGACUGAAAAAUCUCUAGCCUCAAAAGAAAAUUUGAAAUCCCAAUAUUCAAAAGUCAUUUCUGAGUACCUUUCUCUAAAUCACAUGAGAAAGGUUACUCCAUUGGAGCGUAUUGAAGAAGGUCAAGUAAAGUCAUUUUAUUUACCGCAUCACGCGGUAAUAAAACCAGAAAGUACUUCGACAAAAGUACGUGUCGUCUUCAAUGCGUCCAAUGCCUCUUCAAACGGUGUCAGUUUAAAUGAUUUACUGUAUCCUGGCCCGAUUUUACAACAAGACUUAUCAUCGUUAAUCAUUCGCUGGCGAUUCUAUAAAUAUGUGUUUAAUGCGGACAUAGAAAAAAUGUACCGACAAAUUUUGAUCAACCCACGGGACACUCCAUUUCAACGAAUUCUUUUCCGCACUUUUCCUCAUCUGGAAAUUGAAGAUUUUGAACUCCUCACCGUUACUUUUGGCGUAAAUUGUGCCCCCUACUUGGCUAUCCGUACCCUACUUGAAUUGGCAAGAAUUGGAAAAACCGAUUUCCCUCUUGCGUCAAAAAUACUUCAGUCAGAGUUUUAUGUUGAUGACGUUUUGUCCGGCGCUCAUAAUAUUCAUUCCGCUAUGAAAGCUCAAUCUGAACUUAUCAGUCUUCUCGAUUCAGCAGGAUUUCCACUCCGGAAGUGGACUUCUAACACUCCCUGUUUACUCGAACAUUUGCCUCGAGAACAUAUUUUGAAUGAAAAUUUUUUGAAGCUAGACACUGACAGUAAUACAAAAACCUUAGGGAUACGCUGGAAUGCCAAGGGGGAUAAUUUCUACUUUUCCAUACAACCAAUAGUUUUACCCGAAACUCCCACCAAACGAGAAGUUUUUUCUCAAAUAUGCCGUAUUUUUGACCCUGCAGGUUGGUUAGCUCCCGUUGUGAUAGUUGCAAAAAUGCUCAUGCAAAAAAUCUGGGCAGAGCAUACUGACUGGGACGAUCCUCUUCAAUCUGACUCGUUUAAAAUUUGGAAACAUUUUGCGGAAUCGUUAAAUGACAUAAAACAAAUUGAAAUACCCCGUUGGGUAGAAUAUUCACCCUCGUCAGAAGUCCAAUUUCAUGGUUUCUGUGACUCCUCAGAAAAGGCAUAUGCCGCCACUUUAUACAUAAGCGUUCGUCAGUCUAACGGAACUUUCUCUUCUCACUUGCUCUGUGCAAAAUCAAGGGUUUCACCUAUCAAAUCUGUGUCAUUACCACGCCUUGAGUUGUGUGGGGCACUUCUACUUUCCAAAAUGGUAAAAAUUUACGUUUCAAGUUUCCCUGUCCAUGCAUACCAGACCUUUUUAUGGACCGAUUCGUCCAUCGUAUUAGCUUGGCUUAAGAAACCACCUUGUGUUUGGAAGACUUUUAUUGCAAAUCGCACUAGCGAAAUUCUAGAAAAUGUUGGAAACAUCCCUUGGAGACACGUGAAAUCAGCUGAAAAUCCAGCUGAUUUAGCCACUCGAGGUUUAAUGGCUUCAGAUUUGAGGUGUAACACUUUUUGGUGGAAUGGCCCUUCUUGGCUUUGCCAACCCAUCUCUCUUUGGCCAGUUAUCUCUCCUGUCGCCCCCCUCUUCGAAGACCUCGAACAAAAACCAGUUGUUUCCUUGGUAGUUCAAGAAGUGUCAGAAGACAUUCUUGAUCGUUUUUCAUUGUUACCGUGCUAUGCGUGUUAUUGGCUACAUAUUCCGUUUUUUCUAUAAAUUU